ACAGCUAAAAAGAACUGCGCUGAAGUUUACAAAGCUGGCGAAAGAAUCAGCGGUGUUUAUACAGUCGACCCUGAUGGUCAAGGUGCCUUUGAUGUGUUCUGUGACCAAACAACAACCGGAGGGGGGUGGACAGUGUUCCAAAAGAGACUGGACGGCUCGGUUGAUUUCUAUCGCGGCUGGGCUGACUACAGGCGGGGGUUUGGUAACGUGAAUGGCGAGUUUUGGCUUGGACUGGACAAGAUUAACCGGCUGACCAAAUCAAAUAACAGGCUUCGAGUUGAUCUGGAGGACACUACUGGCAAAACCGCUUACGCUGAAUAUGGCAUGUUUGCUGUUACAAGCGAGGAAACUAAGUACCAGCUUAGUCUAGGAAGUUACUCAGGUAAACUACAGACAUAGAGUGUGAAAAAUUGCAUUUAAUAUUGUAUUUUUAUUCACGUCGUCUCACUUCCCUUGCCUUCUUUAUUGUCCUUAGUUAUAUUAAUAACCUUGGAAACUUAAUAACUUUAUGGAGAUUCAAAAGGAACUUCUCAACUAUUCCCAAAUCAGCCCCUCUCAUUCACUUAAAUACUUUAUAUUACAUUCAGAUAUUCUUGAAUAUACUUUUCCUAGGAACUGCAGGUGACUCUUUAUCUUACCAUCGUAGCCAGCCAUUUGCCACUAAAGAUAAUGGUAGCGAAUCAUCCCGAAACUGUGCCUUGACCUUCAAAGGAGCUUGGUGGUACCAUGGAUGUCACUACUCCAAUCUGAAUGGUUUGUAUCACCAUGGUUCACAUUCAUCGUAUGCUGAUGGUGUCAACUGGAGAACAUGGAAAGGAUAUUACUACUCUGCCAAGAGAGCUGAGAUGAAAAUCAGACCAGUGAACUUUUAG